AUGGAUUUCUUGAAGUCUACAGCCACCCUUCCCAAAGUGACCCUGCCCGAUCUGGGGCAGUUGACCUCCGGGACCGUCAAAGACUUCCGAACCCUAAUCCAGAAUGAUCCGACCCUGCUCAAGAAUGCCACCGCCAUGUUCACCCAGGCUGGCUCCGAUCCCCUGAACGUGAUGCAGAACCUAGCCGGGUUCCUGGCGAACCUAGACAAGAUCACGCGGACUGCGCCCACCUACGACGCCUCCGCGGCCAAGAACUCCCUCGGAGGCAGCAUGGGAAUCCUGACCAACCUGCUGGAGCCCUACCUCAAGACCGCCGCGGGGCAGGAAUUCUUCCGGGACGCGCGAGUGGACAAGGUCCUGCAGUCCCUGCUCAAAGAGUGGACGGUCUACCUAAAGUCCCCGGAGUCCGCCAGCGUCCUCACCGACGACGACGGGGGGUGGUUCAGCCGCGCCGCCCUGUCCGACGAGGAACGGGAGGCCUUCUUCCGGGACUACAAGUGCGAGCAGGAAGCCCUGCACUACGGCUUCAAGUCCUGGGACCAGUUCUUCACGCGCGAGUUCCGGGCGGGCGCGCGGCCCGUCGCGGCGCCCGACGACGACAAUAUCAUCACGGCCGCCUGCGAGUCGGUGCAGGUCAUCUUCCAGCCGGACGUGCAGCUCUCCGACACCUUCAACAUCAAGGAUCACAAGUACUCGCUCAGCACGAUGUUCGGCGACCAGGAGCUCGCGGGGAAGUUCGGCGGCGGCCGGCUCUACCAGGGCGCCCUGAACCCGACCAACUACCACCGCUGGCACGCGCCCGUCUCCGGCACCAUCAGUACCAUGCGGGUCAUCGCGGGCACGUUCCUCAACUCGGGGACGAACGCCGCCUUCGACGCCAGCCCCGUCACGGCAGUGAUCGAGGAUGAGGUUCUGGGGGCGCUGCACGAGGCCACCCGGUGCGUCAUCGUGAUCGACAACGCCAAGCUGGGCCCCGUCGCGUGCGUCUUCGCCGGCAUGCGCGAGCGCGGCUCCUGCGAGCCGACGGUGCGGGCCGGCGACGAGGUGAGCAAGGGGGAUCAGAUUGGGAUGUUCCAUUUCGGCGGCAGCACGCAUUGUCUGGUCUUCAACAGGAACAUCAACCUUUCGGUUCUAUCGGAGGGGGCGGCUCAGUCCGGUCAGCCGGUUGCGGUGAACUCGCAGCUGUUUACUGUGUCCUAG